GUUUUUGUUGUUGUUGACUGACGUGUCGACAACAUAGUAGAGCAUACUACUGUUACAAGGUUAUAUAAAGCUUUGAUAACAUUUUACAUACGUACCAAAGAAUCAGUUAAAAAGACUCUGAUUUCGACAAAGAGAUAGAUUGCUCUUAAGAACUGAUUCUUUAAUGACGAUUUGAUGUAAGUUAUGCAAGAAAACGAUGAUAUAACUAUCCGCUCUCGGAUGAUGAUUUUGCAGCAGAAGCAAAAAUUACGCGCCCACUACGCAUACUCGUGUUUCCUUGAUUUACAUGUACAUCGUGGGUUUCAUCUUUAAGUGAUGAUUGUCUUGAUGUUGUAGGAUGUGCAGCGAAUGGAGAUUAAUAUUCUUUUUUUCAGAGAGUGUGUGGAAGAAGAAAUUAAAAAUUGUCUUAUUCAAAUACAAACGAUUCUUGAAAGACAACCUGACUCGAUAAUUCUUCAAGAUUUACUGGCUUCUGUUCAUUUUUGGCUUUUUAUUCUUCAAUACUCACAAGAUGUCGACAAUCAAAAGUAUGAGACAAAUGACAUUAGCAAUGAUUACAUUGAAGAAAAUGGAGAAAGCGUUGAUGGUGUUUCUACUUGGAGACAGAAUCGAUUUUCUGAAUGGAUCUCUCGUUUGAAUUUGGCUGUGAACACGUGGACCAAUAUGAUGAUUCAGAUUGCGGAAUCAGAGGGAAAUAUCAACGUCCAUUCUGAAAAUGAAACGUGUCGUAUGAUGCAAGUAGCAUUCACAUUUUAUGGCUUUCUUGAUAUGCCAUUAUCAAAGAUCCAAACAGGGCAGCUUAUCUCGUCUUUUGCAACAUGUUGUGGGGGAGUAGAAAACCUACAGUUUGCUUUGGUUGCCAGUUGUAUUACAAUACAGAACUUGUGUGAGCAAGGAAAUAUAUCAACUGCGGAAUUGAUGUUAGAUCAAUGUCACGAUAUAAUGCCAGCACUUGAUGAUUGUAAAACCAACCGACAAGUCUUUUUAAUCGCAAAGAGUCACCUUUAUUUAUGCAAAGGAUUGUACGAAGAAGGAUGGAAAGAUGUUCAUGAAGUUCUUGAAGAAACAAAAGACUCUAAAAGAGCAAUAUCGCAAUUUGUUCGUGUGAAAGUAAAUUUGAUCGCUUUAAGAUAUCUAUCACUUCCAAAAUCUUUGCUCGAAGUGAAUUUUCAAGGUGCUAGUGACUAUUUCCAUUACAUUGAUGACGCGUAUAAGCACGCCGAGGCCUUGGUGGAACAUUGCAUUUUAAGAGUAAAAGAUUCAGAAGGUAUUGGCCUUUCCAUGGAAAGAGGAAAACAUGUUUUAGUUUCCGACUUUUCGCUUUUGGAGGAGUUAUUACGUUGUUUUCUUCAACUGGGUAAAGUAUGUUUGUCGCAAGGUGCUGUGAAGGAAGCCAAACGAUAUUUUGUCGAUGGGAAGGAUGCAGCUGGACGAUUUUUAUCGGCCAACAGGUGUUCAGAGUUCAAUGUUCGAUUGGCCGAGUUAUAUGCUUUCUUACACCGUGAUCAUAAAUGUAAAAAAUAUUUGGAAGAUGCGUUAAAUGUUUUUGAACCGGAAUCAUCGUUGGUUGAUAUCGUCGAAAGAUGGCAAUGGUCCAAAGUGACAAAGUCUGAGCAAAAGCAAAGGAGUCUUGCAUCGAAUGAAUAUCUGCAAAUUUCUCUUGGGCUGCUUCAAAUCGACCUGCUUAACGGUUACUGCUUGUAUUUGUCUUUGACAAAUGACCUUUCUUGUUUUAAAACAAUUAACUCGCUAUCACACGAUUUACGACGUAUAUAUAUUGAGAAAUAUGAAGAGACGCUUGGUUAUCUUGAACAAAUAUUUUCAAAAAUGAUGAAGAAAGGGGAGAAUCACAAAACAUGUGGAAAUCAAACAACUGUUGAAUUAAUUCCUCGUAAAAAUGAUAUUGCUUUCAUUGUGUUCUUUGAAUGUGGUUUAAAAACCCAUGCAUUAGACGGUGAUGAUGCUUUAAAUGAAAGAGAUUUCCCCCGUCUUCUGGCUAACGUUAAAGACGGCUUGAAUAUGUUUGAACGUGCCCGUGAUAUUGUAAAGGAUACGUUCAUGUUAGAUAUGAUGUCGACAUCGUUACUUCAUUACUUACAGGGAGUUGCUCAUGUAUUGAUAAGCAAUGAUGGUUUCGAUUCUUGGCGAAUUGCGGGGAGCUCUCUACCCUUUGCAACUGAAGACGUUGACGUAAAAGACAUGUCUAAUUUGCUUUCUAACUUGGAUAUUUCCAUUCCUGAAGAGUUUGAAACUACUAGAACACGACGAGUGCAGAAAUCAAUAGAAAUUGACAAUGAGGAUAAUGAUUUAUUUGAAAAUGUUGUUAGACCUAAAUUUAGUCCUGCUAUGACGAGGAAGAAAAGACAAUCGGAAAUUGAAAUGAAGGUAGAACAGCCAAGUGUUACACGAUGUAGAAAAAAAAACAUCUCUUCAAAAAAGAGUUCAAAUUGUUUACCACAGACUCCAGACAAAUUUUGUGAUAGUAAAAAACCCAAUUGUGAGAACGAUGUUGAUGGCGAUAAGCAAAACCAACGUAAGACAAGGACAUCCAAGAAAUCAAAUCGCAAAAGUACCAAAAACUCCGCGACUUCAAGACGUAGAGGUGUUAAAGAUCCUGACAUUUGUAUCAAAGAUAAUGCUUCAAAUGUAUCAACCAAAAUUACAUCAAAGAAUUGUACCCCUAAAGAUGGGAUAAAGAACGAAGAUGGACCUUUCAGGAAACGCAUUGAUAUGAAUGACUUACAUGAUGAAGAUAAAGACAUGUCAAACGCGCUGAAUUCAUUUCACACAUCGUUGGAGUAUCUGCCUCCUUACUGUAGUCCAGUUUUGUUGUCUCGUAUCUGCCAAGCUCUGGUUUUAUGCACAGGGUUAAGAAGUCCAAAGAAAGCAGCACUCUAUCAGAAUAUGGCAAUGGCUACAACUUUACGACAUCAAACACUACAUCGAUGUAACCAGAAAAUAAGGUACCUUUACUUAGCUACAGUCACACGCAUACAAAAUAGAUAG